AUGGCUUUAGCAGAAUGGUAUAUUUAUGUGUCAAGCCAAAACAACAAUCUAGCUUCUACUGUUUUUAAUAUAUUUCUUGACGGUGUUUCCAAGUAUGGUUUGCCAAAAAAGAUAAGAACUGACCAUGGGUUAGAAAAUGUCCACGUUGCUAGGUAUAUGCUUCAGCAAAGAGAUACAGAUUGUGGCAGUGUACUUACUGGAAGAUCAGUGCAUAAUGUAAGAGUGGAGCGACUCCAUAGGGAUGUGCAUUCUGCUGUUCUCUGCCAUUAUGCUUUACUUUUCACUUUUAUGGAAGAAGAAGGUUUACUCAAUGUUGAUAGUGAAGAGCACUUGCUAGCUCUUCAGGAAGUAUUUAUCCCCCCCCCCGUCGCCAAAAAAAUUUCGGUCAGUGUACCAUUUUAGGGGUCAAAAAAAUUUUCCGGACAGAAAAUAUUUCUUCUUAAAUUUAAAAAAAAUUUCCGGACAAACCAAUAUAUUAUAUUUUUCUCGGAAACUAAAACAUUGUUAGGGAAAAAACAUAGAUUGAAGUUUUCAAAAGAUUGGUUUGGACAAAAAAUGCAAAUUUAAUGAAAAUUUUUCAGGCACAAAAAGGGCACUUUGCUCCUGUAAAAAGGGCACUUGCCAAAACUUGGGGGGGGCCAUGGCCACCCUGCCCCCCCCCCCCCGAUUCCUUCGCCCCUGGCUGGGCAUCAGAGCCCAGAGCAGAUGUUUAUUACUGGUUCGUUAAAUUCUGCCAAUUCCAUUUAUGGUAAUGAAGAUUCACCUGCUGAGUCUGAUGAGACAGUAGGGGCUGGACUUGCAGAAGAUGACAUACUGGAUCCUGAUUUCAUUGUACAAGAAGAGCAUUAUGCAGUAUUUGUUCCACAAACCGAACUUGAAAUUCUCAGCAAUCUAAGCAGUGAACAGUUUUUGUGGUUAGCCUGCGCAUGCGCAGCUAACCACUAUGUUAUAAACCGUAAAAAAGUUUAG